AAUUCAUUUUCAUAGUAAAAACAAAAGUUUUUAACGUAAAAUCAACAUUGUGCAUAGUUAAAAUAACAUGAGCCAAUGUUAGUUUAACAUUUUAUUUACAAUAAAAUCAACAUCGAAACAUGUUGAAACAACAUGUGAAAACUAAAAAUUAUUAAUGAAUUGCGAAUAAAAUGUUUUCAUGUUAAAUCAACAUUAGUCCAUUGUUAAAACAACAUUGUUUUCAUGUUAAAUCAAUGUUGGUUCAUGUUAAAAAACAUUUAAAAAUUACAGUUUCUAUACAUAGUAUAAAUAACAUGGUUUCAAGUUAAAUUAACAUUGAAUCAUGUUGAAUCGACAUCAGUUAAUUUUAAAUUGACAUUGAUUCAUGUUAAAUCAACAUUGUAUCAUGUUAAAUCAACAUUAUACCACGAUAGAAACAAUUGGAAUCAGAUUGAAACGAAGUCGUUAAAUUUUGAAAUAACAUGAGAAAGAAUUGAAAUGAAAUGAAAUCAUGUUGAAUUCUGCAAAAAGUACCGCUAUUUUAGAACAUAAAAAAUGCUUCAUUCAUCUAUUAGUAAAGCUUGUAUCGUGCGUGUUUUAUUAUAAAAGCGUGUUUUAAAAGUAAGUUAAAUACAUUUUUAAACAUAAAAAUAUAAUUAUGUCUUUGCCUAAGAAUAAUAAUAUUCAUGUGUCAAGUGUUGUGGAAGAAAUUGUAUCAAUUGAAGAAAACAUGAAUUUCUUAAGUGACGAAGAUGGUAAUAUUAUAUUAAAUAUUCCAGUUGUUCAGAAUACUAGUGAAAAUUCACAAUUAGAUGAUCUGCUGCAAACUUUUAACUUAAUUGAAGUAAAACCUUAUUUAACAAAUGCGCAAAUUACAUUUGAUAGCUUAAGGUAUUUAUCAAAGGAAGAUAUAAAGGAAGCCAUACCCCCUAUUGGUAUUCGUGCUUGUUUCCGAGAAAAACUUUUUAGUUGGAGAAAAACUGAGUACGGAAUUGAUGACGAAACAUUGUCUGAAGCGAUAGCCGAAAAAGUAGUUUCAUGGCUACAAAACCAAUCUAAUAUUGGAACAACAUCAACACCAACAUCAUCUUAUUCUCAAUCAGUUGGAAGUUGUAAGCUAUCUAAGAGUCUAAAGCAGAUUUUAGAAGAAAGUCUUAAGGGGAAAUCUUUAACAAGUUUUUAUAAACAAAACGAUAACUUGACUGAUUCAUUUCGUGCAGAAUUGAUUAAUAUAAUUUUGGAAGACAUAUUUUAUCAUGAAGCUAAGUUAUCACCGAAAGAUUUUCCAAUAAUAGUGGAUGAAAUUGUCAGCAACUUCCCCAGUGAGAUAAGAGAAUACUAUUUUAUUCCACGAGGUAGAAAAGCGAAUCCAGGAGGGAAGCUUUGGGAUAAAUACGUUAAUCAAAAGGCAAAGCGUGCACGCUCAUCAGUUAAAAUUAAAGAAAAUAUAGAUGCUUCGAAUUCCAACUCGCUGACAGUUAAUUCUGAACUCGAUGAAUCAAUUUUACUAGCUUUAAAAGCUUACCUUUCUAGAGAUUUUUCUAAUUGGGAUGAAGUUAAAGAUAAAUGGCAACGAACAUUCUUGUUAAGGCAAAAAGAGUUGAAGUUAUCUACCAAUAAUUAUGAAUUUCUAGAGAACUGGCCUCUUUAUUCUAACGCUCGGUCUAACGAACUAAUUAAUAUCGAUUUCGAACUGAUGCACCCAAAUAAGAGUCAUCUUCUUUUCAGUAAAUGGAAGGGAUUUUUGGAAAAAAUUGUAAGCUAUUACUAUUUACAUAUAAAAGACAAAAGGUCUAAGGAAGUUCUGACAAAUUCGAAGAAUACUACUGAACAAAAUUCAUUAGAUUACAUACACACUAUUCUGCUAAAUUCAGUUAUUUUACCAAACGCACGUUUUUCGGAUAAACGAGGAAAAAAUUCAAAAAAGAUUUCUAUACCAGAUGCUAACGAGAGUUUUAUUGUUCACCUUACCACUAUAAAUGAUUAUGAAAAGGUAAUAUCAGAACUAAAAGAGAAAUAUUAUAACAGAAGUUUAACUAUUCAACCUUUUAUAAUAGUUGUAGGUCAUAGUAUUUAUAAUCUUGAAAAAUUUUACGUAUAUUUUGAUAAAACACUCUUAAAAUGUGACUCUUUUUUGAAAAGUUUAGAUAUUUGCUUUAAAAUAAUUUAUACAUUGUCUUUAGAAUAUCCAAAAGGAUGCCAAGGUCCGUGGCUAUUUAUACAAGAAUACUUUUACGAAAUUAAACCUAUUAAUGAUAACAAAUUAUCAGCCAUUUACUCCUUGUUAAACUUUUUAAAAACAUAAUUAUCAAUUUCAAUAUGUUGAUUUGUUUCGUUUGUAAUAAAGAAAUAUCCCUCUUAAGUAACUUAAUACAACAUUAUCAAAUUGUCCACUUUUUUAAUUCAGCUAGUACAAUACAGUGCAAGCAAGAUGAUUGUACUCAAAAAUUUUCAUGUUUCAAAUCAUUUAAAGCUCACAUUUAUCGUAAGCAUAUUAACAAUUCAAAUAAAAAUUAUAUUCCGCAACCCUCAGACAACCCUAGCUCUACUUAUAUUAGUAAUUUGCCUGUUGCUAAUGAAAAAGUUUCUUCAAAUUGUAACCUUAUAAAUGAUUCAGAAUUAUUGUCAAAAAUUGCUGAUUUAAAAAAUCAAGCAUUUAAUUUUUCUUUAUUUUUGCAUUCCGAGCCAAUGAUGCCAAGAAAAGUAAUAUUGACUGUACAAAAAUUAAUGGAAAAUAUUUUUUCAAAUAUUGAAGAAUGCAUCCGAGAAUCCAAUUCCAAUAACCAAAAUUUAAGCCCGAAUAUGAAUAAUAUUCUGGAAUUUUUAAAAAAUCCGUUUGACGAUAUUGCUACAGAGCAUAAAUUUUUUAAAUUGUUAAAAGAAAAGCUACUUUACGAAGAGCCUACAAGUUGCACAAUUUCUAAUCAAAUUACUGAAUGUAUAAGGCAAGGAAAUCCCGAUUUAGAUGCAAAAACAUUCAGUUGCUGCUUUAUGCCGCUUAAAUUUCAAUUAAAAAAACUUUUUGAAAUUUCAGACAUGACCUUACAAUAUAUGGAAGAAUUGCUUCAAAAAAACGUAAUAUCUAAUUUUGUAAACGGGGAUGUUUUUAAAGCUCAAAUAACUAAAUUUCCAAAUAAGAAAAUAAUUCCUAUGUUUAUAUAUUUUGAUGACUUUGGAAUUAAUAAUCCUUUAGGUUCUCAUUCGAAGUCAAUUUCUGCAGGAUAUUACAGUUUACCUACUUUACCUCCACAAGUUAUAUCAAAACUGGAUUUCAUUUUCCACUUAGGGUACAUAAACACUUGCGACAUAAAAAAAUUUGGAAACGAAAAAGUAUUUUAUUAUUUAAUAGAAGAGUUGAAGUCUUUAGAAGAAGAGGGACUCGAAAUAAUCACAUCAGUGAAAACGGAAAAAAUAUAUUUUACCGUAGGUUUGAUUCUGGGUGACAACUUAGGACUGAAUUCCAUAUUAGGUUUUAUAAAGUCCUUCAAUUCAAAACGAUUUUGUAGAGUUUGUCGU